UUUAGAAGAUUCAGAACAUCGAAAAUAAUAAUACGUCCAUCUAGUAAUUGCAGUUGCCUGCUAGUCCUCCUGCCAAUUGCUUUGACUGUUCCUACAAUUGACUGCAGUCGCCUAUUCUGCUCUGUGUUGCGGGCACGGAAAGUGAACUGCCCCGCCAUGCAAUAUUACGGAAGUAUUUCAGAAAACCCCGCGUCAUCUUUAUUGCUGGUACCUACGGAGUCCCUACCAGUAACUACUACCUACUACCUAAUCAUUAAUAGAGACCAAAUGAGGACCAAUUGCAACCCAUAUCCUUCCCGUAGAGCCGUUGUUCAAAUGGCGGUAAAUCAAGAAACGGUCGCCAUGUUAGGCAUACACGCGACGUUAGUGCGAGCGAUGACGGAACGUUUUCUUGGUAGGUGAGGCGUCUGAUACGAAUUUACGAAGUAGUCUGUCUACCU